UAAUACUCGCUACACAAAUUUAACACCCAUCUCGUCACUCAUUUUCUUAUUGAUGUUUAUUACGAUCACGAUUUAUCCAUAGAUUAAUAUUUUUUAAUUAUCUAAUCUUAUCUACGGUUUUUAUCUUUUUAGUAGGUACUUAACUCAGUACACACAAUCGAUCGGUUACUUAAAUGGUAGUACUACUACUGUAGUAGGUACUAUAAUGCUUAUGUCCAUGUCAAAUAAUUUAUAAUAUUUUUAAUGGUUAUUAUUGUAUAUAAAAAAAAAGUUUUGCCCAGGACUAAUUGUCAAUAACCCACAAUAAUCUAAUGCUUUGUGAAACUGUUAUACUUCGCCGACAACAAAAAUGAACGAUACAUCAGAAAGCAAUUAUGAAAUGCUUCAAGCAUUAUACGAUUACAAAGAUACUUCAUCAGAAAGAACACUGGACUUUAAAACCAAUGAUGAAUUUUUCAUUUAUCGAGAUGUCGCUGAUAAAAAGAGUUGGUGUUUAGUUAUCAACCAUACUGGUGAUUUAGGAUAUGUACCAUACAAUUACGUCAAAACCAUUUAUGUAAAGGAUACUCAUGUAUUAAAAUUCUUAGAUAAAUGUUUGUCAACAGUUCAACAAAAACUUGAUUUAAGUGAUAGUUGUUCCGAUAAAUAUAAGUUAUAUGAAUCAUUAUUGAGACGACAAAAGAAAUUGAAACAAAAAUCUUCUUAUAAUACACUGGAUACACCAAUACAAUGUAAAACUUUUGAUAAGGGUAAUCAAUCUGAACCAUAUGACCAAAUAUUAAAUAAUACUAAAAAUAGUACAAGUGUUUCAAAUAAUUCAAAGGAGAUAACUAUUCCAGAUAUUUAUGAAGUAGUGCAGCAAGUAAGAAAUCAUACAGGAUUGUCUUACAAUUUUUCUCAACUAGCUGUCUCUGUUGUGAUUCAAUAUUUGUCUAAUCUAGUUGAUGAAUCAGCCAAAUCUAGUCUCAAUAGUAUACGCGAAAUUAUCGAUACUUUUCCACCUACAAGUGCAACAUUGCCAGUAGAAUGUUUAGAAAAUACUAAAGAUGGAAAAUGCAUGCAACAGUUAUUGGAAUACUUAACAGCAGUUAAAGAAGAUUCGCAACAACGCUCAUGGCAAAUAUUUGAUGAUCAUGUUCAAAUUGAAGACUGUUUAAUAGAGCUCACGAGUAUCUUGAAAAAUGCAGAUCCAAUGGUCAUAAAUCAUGUUUUAAAAAUUGAUCAAUAUACAUCAAUUAAUAAUUUAUUAGAAUAUUAUCAAAUGGAAUUACGAUGGGUGAUUCAAAAACAUUUGCUUAACAUAUUUUCAGAACUAUGUAAGCUCAAUUUUGUUGUGGUUGAAAUUAUAAUUAAUUCCAUACUGCCGAUGGAAUUGGCAAGAGAUAUGCAAAAUAACAAAGAUGAUUUAAAUAAACAAUUCAUUCUUGCUGAAUUUCUAACACUCAUUUUAUCAGUUGGAGAGACUUUACCUAUUUCUUGUUUCGAAUAUAUGAAUGUGGAUUUUGUAACAAAAAUACUAAAUGAUAUAGAAGACGAUGAACAGAAAUCUUCCAGUGAUGAAAAAAAGACUGAAUGCAUGAUAAAUUUAUUGUUGUCUUAUAAUCUUCAAUUUCCAAAAAUUGAAUCAAAUAUAACUUUAAAAGGACUGGCCCAGAGAAACAAUGCUAAAGUACUUACUGAAAAUUUGUUGAUUUUGCUUAAUACUGAAAAGGAUCCAGUACAAGUUUUAAAAUUGAAAAAAAAGCCAAAAAAUUCAGUUGAAAAAAUGUUGAAUGACAUUCUUGCUGACUCAAAAACUGCUAAACUGUUUUAUGUUAAUGAUAUAGAAGUUUUAGUUGAUAUUAUUAUACGUCAAUUAUUGAAUAUUCCAUCUGAAGAAAUGGCUCGUACUUCAUACUUGGAACUUUGUAAAAACGUAAUUUUUAAUACAGAAUAUUUAGACCGAAGACAUAAAUUAUUAGAUCUAAAUAAUUGCCUUCAAGAAAUUCUUGUAGAUGAUAGUUCAUGCACAAAGGACCAAGAUGUUUGUAUUAUUAAGGAAAUUUAUUUAAAAUGUCCAGAAUUUUUUAAAUAAAAUUGUCUGAAUAUUAUUAUUAUUUGUUACUAAAAUGUAAUAGUCUGCUUAUUUGCUAUGUUGAGUAUUAAUCAAAAUGCUGUAUGUGCUUGCAACAAUGUUGUGAUAAUUAUUCCUGUAUGUUAUUUUUAUGUGCCAAAUAUUCUGUAAUAUUUUAUUAAUAUUAAAAUUUAGAUUUUUCUCCUUUUUUAGC